AUGGUUUCUGAAAAUAAUUGUUUGUCGUUUGACAAUUUUGUCAAGACACUUGUUGAAGAAGCUGAGCAAGCCUUAAAAGAUCCUUAUGUCUUUAAGAAUCAAAUAGAAAAUAUCGCUGUUAUAGGUGCUGGUCCAUGUGGACUUGUUUCGGCAAAACAUUUGGCUGAUGCAGGUUUGAAAGUGAAGGUUUUCGAAAGAAAUUCUACAGUAGGCGGUGUAUGGGUUUAUUCUGACAGAGCACGUCCGAAACCAAAAAUGCCCAGCAAUCGUGUUACUAGAGAAAUUGACCCUGAAGCAUUAGGGUUGAAAGCAGGCGAGCGUCAAAAAAGAACGUAUGAAUUGACUCCAGAGAUGAAUAACUUUCUUUUGAAGAAAUGCCCGCCUUCAGCUUGUUACAGAGACCUUCACAACAAUAUCGCAACAAAACUAUUUGCGCUGGAUUAUCACCCAUUUCCAGAAGGCACACCAUUAUGGUGUCCCCAUGAAACCACUCUGAAUUAUUUUGAAAGCUACGCAGAUAAAUUUGGUUUGAAAGAGCUCAUAGAAUUCAAUACAAAUGUCGAUUUAGUUACAAAGAAAAAAGAUACUGAGACUGGAUGCGAUAAAUGGGAAGUGACACUUUGUAAAUACAUUGUGGACUCUGAAAAUGGCAAAAUUGAGAUAAUCCGAUGGAAAGAAUCUUUUGAUGCUAUUGUUGCUGCUUCAGGUGUCUACCAGGAUCCGUACAUUCCUGAUUUCAAGGAUUUUAAUGCUUAUAAUAAGUUAUUUCCAUCUAGAGUGUCACAUUCAGUCCAGUACAGACAGCCUGAAGUAUACAAAAACAAGGUAAAUCAUUUGGGUGGUAGUAUUUCUGCUGUCGACAUUGUUCGAGCUUUAGACGGAUUUGCGAAUUCUAUCAGCAUGUCAAUCAGAGGACCUCUUGUAACAGCGAUUCCAAUUAUUAAUCUUGUUCGAUCAAAAAUACCAGCGUGCGUCAAUAUUAAACCAAGCAUUGCUGCUUUUGCCAACCUUAAUGAUGAGGUUGAUGGAUCUAUUCAAUUUGUUGACGGUACUUCUCUAUCAGAUAUUGAUUACGUUAUCUUUUGUACAGGCUACAUAAAUAGAUUAUCGUACUUUGCAAAUCAUAUUAUGGAAGUUCAGUCUACAGAAACAACAGGACAACUAUUCUUAUCAGAUACCGUUUCAUCUAAAGAGGUUCCAGAAAGCCAUAUAGUGAUGGGUCCUAAGUGUCCCCUUAACACUUAUCGUGAUGUUUUUCUGAUUGAUGAUCCUACAGUAGCUUUUGUAGGUAUGACAGCGUUUUUUAGUACUAUAUGGCAUUACGAUGCACAAGCUCUUGCAGUUGCUCGAGUCUGGGGAGGUCAAGCUCUACUACCGAGCUACAGCUUAAUGCAAAAGUUUACAGCAGAGGCUGAUUUUACACCUGCUACGGACUCUAAUGGAUGGAAUGAUGGUGAUCGCAGAAGACGUGAGACGUUUGUUACUUGGUUGAAUCAUCAUGCAGUAAAUCAGAUUAAAAGUAAAGGUACAAAGUGUCAACCUCUCCCUAUAGUUAACAACUACCCAGAGAAUUACGAGCUUCUUGGAAAAGAAACAGCACAGCUUUGGUUGACUGUUUCGGAGGAAAAUCUGCAAAAAUCGAAAGACAAGAUACGGCAAGAAGGAGGAGAAACCUUCAAACACUAA